AUGUUGAUCAUUGCCCUAACAACAAAUAGGUUUGUUUACCCGAUCGAUGCAGCGCUCGACGGCGGGGGGCGUGGUCAGGCAGACCAACGAAAAACGGCUCCGAACGACAUUCGCAGCUCGAUCGACGUCGCGAUGGCUCAUCCCGGAGAUGCACCAAUUCCUGUGCCCUAUGUAACCAAGCUCGGACAACCGCUAAAAGCUGGACAGACUCUAGAUAUCCAUGGAAGGAUAAAUAAGGAUGCUAAUAGAGUUGAAGUCAAUCUUCUCCAUGGUGCACCUUCGAUUGAUCCUGGACAGUGUGUUCUUCACAUCAAUCUUCGUUUUGACGAAAAGAAGAUAGUCAUGAACAGCUACAUGAAUGGAGCCUGGGGAAAAGAAGAACGCGAAUCGAUGCCAUAUAAGCAAGGCGAGGCAUACGACCUUAAGAUUAGGGUUCAAGAAGAUGGUUUUGAAAUCUGGUGUGAUGAGAAAAAAGUUCACGUUUACAAACAUCGCAUGGGUUACGAUGCCAUCGACUACCUUCAAAUCAAGGGUGACUGUACCCUGUCUGGAGUUCACUGGGGUGGAAGGUACUACAAUAUCCCAUGGGAAACAGCAUUCCCGGAUGGAAAUUUGCGAGCGGGUCAAAGCAUCCUGAUGCAUGCUAUUCCUAGAGGUGACCGUUGGAAUUUGGACCUUCUAGGCAGGGGCGGAGAUGUCUUGUUCCAUUUCAACCCCAGAUUCAAGGAUAAGCAGAUUGUUCGAAACUGCCAAAAAGGUGGUGUAUGGGGCAGGGAAGAGCGUGAAGGACCAUUCCCAUUUGAGAAAAAUCAUGGUUUUGAUCUCAAAAUCGAAAAUGAACCCUAUUCCAUUCAGAUCUUCGUAAACAACGAGCGCAUUGGUACAUUCGAACAUCGCACUUCCCAGCCAACCGAAGACUACAUUGGAAUGAGGAUUGAUGGUGAUAUCGAAGUGACCAAUAUCGAGUUUGUCUAA